AUGGUUGAACUUCCGGCUAUAAAAGGGCAGGCUGCGUUCUCGUUUACACCAUUCCUCCUCAAGCGAAGUUUCUCUCAAAAUUUCGGUGUUAAAGCUCAGAAGGUUGCCCCGGCCCCUCAGCGCCGACAGCCUGCUGCAGUGGUUCCACCUGUUCGUGUAGCGGUCAGGCGACCUGCGCCUGCCGCUCCUGUUGCACAAGCUGCCCGGGCCCCUCAGCGUCCGCAGCCUGCUGCUGUUGUUACUCCCGUUGUGCCGGCGGAAGUACCUCGCGUUCGGGUUCCCCCUCCCGCUUCCACUAGGAAGAGGGGAGCCCAGACCAAGGUGCCUUCGCCCUCUUCUGGCCGGAUUUCUAUUUUUGCUUGGCUUUCUCACCCCGAGACUGUCGGGCAGACCCCGGCACUUCCAGUCGUUCCUGUUCUCCCUGCCACCCAGGCAGUGGGUUCAGAUGUCCCCUCAACCUCAACCUCUGGCCUUGGGAGAAGGGCCCAGAGGAAUAGGAAUAGGAGGUUGCGGCUAGCUGCGUCAGAGGCAGAGAGGCAGCGGAUGGCAGAUGAUGUCGUUCACGAUGAGAUAGUUCAGAGGUAG